AGUGUAGGAUCUACUAUAGUCCCGGGAAGCCACGCGAACACGCUGGUGCUCCCUGACAGGAGACAGACAUCUGGAGAGGUAAGAUCUUAAAAGCAUUACCCACAAAUACAGCUUUUUGCUUAUUGGUGACAACUGUCCAUGGUGCUGAAACGCUUUUCUCGAGUAAAGGAGACUUACUAAGACAUCUAUAAAUCAUUUAUCUCCUUCGCAACACUUGGUCAAUUUAUUUUUUGACAGUUGCGUCUCUAAAGAGUCCUUGGAAUUCUAUCAAGUAACGGAUUGAGAGGCAUAGAGUUGGGGGUGUUUCUGUUGAGCUCUGUGUUCAGUUUGUAUGGGCCUCAUUGUUUAAAUACUGAGCAACACAUGACUGAAUUAAUGAAAGGUAGACUACAUUUGAUUGGACAGCUUCCCAUGUUUGCUGAAAUAUCUUGACUAUUUUUUUCAAACAUAAUGAUGUAGCAACACGAUCAUAUUUGGGGCGACUGUGGCUUAGUGAUAGCGCAGGCUGUGCUUCAAUCAAAAGAUCCCCGGCUCCGCUAGUCCAUGUCAAAGUGUUGGGCAAGACACUUAACCCCAAAUCGCUCGGUGGCUGUGCCUGUGGUGUGUGAACACGAGUGAAUGUUAGAUAAAAAUAAAUCUUACUUAAAAACAAGCGAUGUGUUAACUUUCAAUAAAGUUUCUAACUUUGAAUUGGACAAAGCUAUAGUAUAUCCUUGCUUAUAUCUAUAGUAUAUUUCGUUCCUUUAAUGACCUCCGGGUGUCACUGCAACGUUGGUAAACUAUUGAAGACGUUGUACCUCCCCUGAAAAAUCUUUUGUCUGGCAUUUACAGCAGGGUACAUAUUUGAAUGAAGCACAGCCGAUGGAUUCGCGUUGUGCAUUUUUUUAUUAUUUGAUGGAAAACGGGUUGGAUAUAAAGCUUUUUUGUGGCAGUAAAAUCCUUUAUCGUGUUUUUUUGAAGUUGUAGUAUAAUGAUGGGGGCCGAAAGAAAAGGUCGAAAAAGGGAGUAUGUGUUUGUGUUUCAAGUGGCUGUGUUGCUUUUUAUCGGAAAGCAGGCUUUUGCUCAGAUAAGAUACGCUGUUCCAGAGGAGGCGAAAGAAGGAACUGCUGUUGGAUAUGUUGCGAAGGAUCUUGGCAUUGAAAUUACGUCGUUAUCUGACCGACGGUUCCGUGUUGUUUCUGGAUCAAAGGAGACAUUUUUUGAGGUAAAUCAGAACAAUGGGGCUCUGUAUGUCCAUAAGAAGAUCGACAGAGAGGAGCUCUGCCACGGUGGUGGUGCAUGUAUAAUGGAGCUAAAAAUCCUCGUCGAAAACCCCUUGGAAAUGCACUAUGUAGUUGUAGAAAUUACAGAUGUCAAUGAUCACUUUCCUAGUUUCCCUGAAAAUGAACAGAAGUUUGAAAUAGGUGAACAAACAUUGCCAGGAAAGCGAUUCCAACUGCACACUGCUCGUGAUCCCGAUGCUGGGAGUAAUUCUAUUCGCACAUACACUUUGACUAUAAACGAAUAUUUUGAAGUCGACAUCCGUCAAAGCGAUGAGGACAAAAUUCCAUUUUUAGUGCUGAAGAAAUCGUUAGAUAGAGAACAAAAGAAGAAACACGCGCUACUGGUUACAGCAGUUGAUGGAGGUAAACCUCCAAAAUCCGGGACACUAAAUGUUUCUAUCAUUGUUCUUGACAGUAAUGAUAAUCGUCCGAUGUUUAGUCAGGAGAUUUACCAAAUUACAUUACACGAAAAUGUCCCAGUCGGUACUUCAAUAUUUCGAAUUAAUGCAACGGAUUCCGAUGAAGGCACCAACAGCGAAAUUGAAUACAGCCUUGGAAAAACUCUGAAGAAAAAAGUAUAUGACAUUUUUGAAUUAGAUAAAUUAACUGGAGAAUUUAGAGUUAAAGAAGUAGUGGACUAUGAAGAAAACGACGUUUACAAACUUGAUGUUGAGGCAUCCGAUAAAGGAAUGCCUCCACUGACAGGUGAGUGUAGAGUAAUUAUAAAGAUUAAAGACGUCAAUGAUAAUCCACCAGAAAUAGAA